UCAUUUUUUAUUUAAGGGGUAAUUUUACCCUACAUGUACUAAUCCUCAAAGAAUAUUCUUGGAUACGGAAAUUGUAUAUUGAUGCGACCAACUGACUGACCAUCCACCAACUGAGAUGUUGUUGAAGAUUUUCUCACUGGCUCUUCUACACUUGAUUCCUUCAUCCUGUGGCCAAGCAAAUUUCUCCUGCAAUCGUGACCAAGAACUUGUGACUAGAACUGGACAAACUGGAACAGUGCAAUCACCUUGCUAUGACGGUACAAGAACAAAUUACCCGAAAGAGUUGACUUCCGGAUUCAAACUAGUCAAUAUCACAUUCGACAGUGCAUUUAUAUUUGGAUAUCGACUUACAAUUCUUGACUUUCAACUGGCGGAAAGUGAUAGACUUUACAUUGGUUCAGGUACGGAAAAAGAUGGAUUGAAUACUCUUGCUAUCAGAAAUGUUACAUUUACUUCGAAUUCUACCACUGAUGGUUUGAUAUAUGUCCAAGACGUUGAAGACGGGCCUAUUGUUGAUGUGUUGAAUUUAACCGGAAGAAACACGUAUGACUUGCAAAACUAUGAGACGGCUAUUAUGGACUUUUACACCGUGGAUGACACAAUUGGGGGAAAAGGUUUUCUCAUUGAUUAUGAAGCAGACAUUAAUAAGUGUUUGUUUACUGGUGAUGCUACUCAUUGCUUGAAUGGAGGAACUUGCUCAAGAACAGGUUUCAAUACGGCGUCUUGUGCUUGCACUCCAGCCUGGACUGGUUCGAGAUGUGAAACUGAUGUGAACGAAUGUGAUACAACCUCACCUAAACACAACUGUGAUGCGAACGCAAACUGCGCAAAUACUGCCGGAGGUUUUACUUGCACAUGCAAAACUGGUUUCACCGGCAACGGAACACAUUGCGAAGAUAUUAACGAGUGCCCUGAUGGGGACAAUACCCAUCUGUGUGCUCUAACCGGAACAUGCGCAAACAAGCCAGGUGGAUACGACUGUACCUGCAACACCGGAUACGAAAAUGGAACUGAUGGUCCUUGCUCUAAUAUCGACGAAUGUACCAGAAAUACGGAUAAUUGUGACACGAACGCAGAUUGUUCAGAUACAGUGGGAAGUUUCACAUGUGCAUGCAAAAUAUUUUAUACUGGAAAUGGAACCACCUGCGUAGAUAUUGACGAGUGUACUGUAGGAACUCAUGCUUGUGGUGAUACCGGUACUUGCGUCAACAAAAUUGGUGGAUACAACUGUUCGUGUAAUCCUGGGUACGAGGGUGGUGUUGGUGGACCAUGUACAGAUAUAAAAGAAUGCGAUUCACCAACUACGAAUGCCUGUAGCGCUCAAGCUGAUUGUACCGACACCAUUGGAAGUUACUUAUGUGCUUGUAAAAUAGGUUACACAGGAGACGGAAGAACUUGUAUCGAUAUCAACGAAUGUACAACCAAUACAGAUAAUUGCCACGAUAAAGCAGAUUGUACUAAUAACAACGGGAGUUUUACAUGCAAGUGCAAGACAGGAUACACCGGGACUGGACAAACUUGUACAGAUAUCGAUGAAUGUGCCACUGAAACAGACACUUGUCACAACAAUGCAAAAUGCACAAACAAUGAUGGAAGUUUCACUUGUGCUUGCGAAAUCGGGUUUACAGGAGACGGUUUCAACUGCGCAGACAAUGACGAGUGUACACUCAAGACAGACAAUUGCCAUUCGAAUGCGACAUGUGGAAACACUGCCGGUAGUUUCACUUGCACAUGCAAGACAGGGUAUACUGGAACUGGAAUCGAAUGUACCGAUCAGAACGAGUGCGACACCAACCCAUGCGACACGAAUGCUGCUUGUACCAACAACGAUGGCUCGUUCGCUUGUGCAUGCGAUUCUGGCUUCACUGGAAACGGAUUGACGUGCACGGACGAUGAUGAAUGCACAUUAAAAACGGACAAUUGCAACACCAGAGCCACAUGCACGAAUAUUCCUGGAAGCUUCAGUUGUGCUUGCAACACCGGAUUUACCGGAGAUGGAGAAACUUGUGAAGAUAUUAAUGAGUGCAACAGCGCUUCGAGCAAUAACUGUGACGACUUCUCAAGAGCUUCUUGUACUAAUACCGUAGGAUCGUUCACAUGCGCUUGUAAGACUGGAUGGAGUGGUAACGGUAUCACAUGCACAGAUGUCAAUGAAUGCUCUGAUAGCACUUUGAACAAUUGUACACUACCUGUUUCAACAUGCGAAAACUUGAUUGGUUCAUUUGAAUGUAUUUGUAACACACCAGAAUACAGAGGAGUGCCUGGAGAUUGCAAAUAUUAUUGUCUUCACAAUACAACCUGUAACGUCAAUGAAAAACGUGAUAGUUUCAUCGAGAUACCGCUGUUUUUUGAUGAAAUAACGAAAUAUCCUGUUUUUGACGAGACAUCUUGGAAUUUUAAUCACACAGUGCACAAAGGAAUAAAGUUCACGUUUAAAAAAUUCGACACGGAAAUAAGAGAUGACUUUUUAUCAUUCUUUACUGGAAGCGCAUCCGAUGUACCGAAGGAAUUCGCUGCGAUUUCUGGUCCUAUUGACGAUUUAUACAACGAGAAAGAAAGAGUUGGAAGCAGUGGCUUCAUUCAACCUUCUAGUUCACCAGUAACCGCAUAUCUGAACCUGACAGAGACAGAAAAAUCGUUGAUUGUUAGCUCAGGCGACAUUUUUCUUGAGUUCACUUCAGACCGAUUGAAUUCGUCUACUGGCUUCCUUCUGCAAUAUUUUUAUGACGCCGAUGAUUGUCCUUCCACAAAUCCUUGCUCAAAUGGUGGAACAUGUGAUGACAGAGCUUUCGCUUAUCAAUGUAUUAAUUGCCCAGGUUAUGAAGGAAUUGAUUGCGACCUAGAUAUUGAUGAAUGUGCUCUCGCUGAUUCUUGUGACACAAAUGCUAAUUGUGAGAACACGCAAGGAAGCUUUAAUUGUGCAUGCAAGACUGAUUAUACCGGAGACGGGAAAACAUGCAAUCCAAGCAUCGUUCUUGAUAAUUUGAUGGUCAAUAAGACAACAACCAGUUUAUCUCUCAACUUCGAGGUAACCGCAGCAUGGAGAAGUGCCUUGUACAUUGAAACAUACACAAUCUCGAUCACCACUCCUGAUGGAAGUUUCAGCAGACAAUACGAUGUUAAUACGACAUUUUUAAUCACUCAGUCACUGGUGAUUGCUGAACUUCAAACUUACACUGCUUAUAAUGUUUCCAUUUCAAUAAAAGUAAGAGGAGCAAGCUUUGGAACUUCAGUCGUGACGAACAGAAUUGCAACACAAAUUGUUACAACGGCAGAGUCAAAUGCCGGUACACCAACAAAUCUUGCUGUACCAACUGCAAAGAGAGACCGGGCAACAGUCUCUUGGACCAAACCGGUAGAAACCGGUAAUGGAAAAGUUACUCAUUACGAAGUAUGCGUGGCAGUUUCAAGAUCUACUACAAGAAAUAUAGAAAUUGCAAGGCUUAGAGGAUUAUCGACUGACUUCAAGUGCUUGACUGUUGAUGAUACCAUAACAUCAAUAACAUUGACUCAGUUGACUUCCUAUAUGAUCUUGGAUUUUAAAGUGAGAGCGUUUUCAACAGUAGGACCCAGUGAUUACACAGCGAAUCAAUCGGCGUUCACGGGUGAAAUUUGUACUCCGUGGACAAGCUUUGCAUCCAGAGUACAGUGCCCGCAUCGCGAAGGUUUGAUUGAGUCAACGAACUUCCCUACGACUCCUACAACUAGUGAUAAUGAACAAAUCUUUGCAUAUUGGUCAUUUGAUUUGAGUCCUUUUCCACGAUGGAGACAGAACAUCAAAGUUUUUAAAACAGUUGAACUAGAGUCGUCUCUGGACACCGGAUAUGGCGACAUUGAUAUAGAAGAUCAUGAUACUCAGAAAAAUAACUUAAUUUUAGCAUUAACUCUCAGCGGAUCUGUUGCCAGCGGUCCACGGCCCGCGCAAGUUCGAAAUACCAGUGACUCAACACAGAAUAUUGUUUGGCAAAGUUUUAUAUCUGAUCGAGUACGAAAAGAAGUAGGAUUCCAAGUUGAAAUAGAAAGAGAUGGCAAUAAUUGUGAUUCCAAUCCCUGUUUACAUGGGGGCGUAUGUACGGAUGGAGAAUUUACUUAUGCAUGUGACUGUACUGCGACAGAUUGGACAGGACCAAGUUGUGAACAACCUCACGUUAAACCUACAAUUUCCUGCAACCCGAAUAAAAGAUCUGCCGAAAUCACUUUUGGUGUUCAGUCACAAUGGGCAAUUGACGAAACAGUUAUCGGCGGAUUUUCUAUUGUGUUUACUGAUGGCUCAACAACAAGUAAAGUUUUGGGAGACACAACUGCUUCCUACAGCAGCCUGACACCUUUUACGUCAUACACGGCUACAAUAACAGUAGUAACGUCUUCGAGGGACAAUGCUGUUUAUUCUACCGGAACUAUAACUUGCAGAACAUUGGAAGAUGUUCCAACUGCACCUCAAAAUGUCAAUGUGGUUCCUGGUGUUAAAUCUUUGGCGGUAACUUGGACUCCUCCUGCUGAACUUAAUGGUGUUGUCACAUACACUGUGGCAUACACAUCAACUGACCAUGCUACUUAUGGAGAAACUUCAACUAGUGCCGAAUCUCCAGCGCAAUCCACCACCGGUUAUACUAUAACUGGAUUAAGAGAUUAUAGAACUUAUGAUGUUGUGGUCAAAGCUAUGACAGGAGCAGGAUCCACUUCAGCUGCAGCUGUUUCAGCAAGAACAUCACCAGGAGCUCCUUAUGCAUUCGACCUUGCAAGUGCAACUGUGAUUUCAACCACAUCAGCGAGAGUUGAAUGGCAGCUGGUCACUGGACCUUAUGUCGGACCAACCACCGUCACUAUUUCAGCUGUGUCAACAAUGCACGGUCCCGUAACUAUGAUGGUGACAAACGAAACAAUAAAACAGACCACAUUUGGAGGAUUGGAAGAAGGACUAAUUUACAAUUUUACAUUUACUGCUUCAACAGGAACACCUCCAGAUCAAACUAGAGUUAUCACAAAUGUAAACACAGCAGAAGUUGCUCCUGGUGCUGUUAUGUCCUUCACUUACGAUAGAGCUACUUCAAUGGUAUCAUGGACGCCACCUUCUGCUCUCGAACAAAAUGGAGAAUUAACAGGAUUUAUUGUCAAAGCUUUGACGACAAUACCCGGAUUCACAGAACAGACAUUCGGUGCAGAAGUUCGUAGUUUUGUGCUGUCUGGACUUCCUCCAUUUACAUCAUAUCAAUUGCAGAUUCAAGCAAUAAACAGUGCCGGUGCUGGUCAAGAAACAUCUAUCACUAUUCUUACCAAAGAAGAAGUUCCGAAUGUACCAAAUCCGGUGACACGAGGUGCUGUUACUCCAACCAGUAUUGAAAUAUCAUGGCCUGUUCAAACCCCAGCUGUUGGACAAACAACAUAUGAAGUCACAUACACAGAUGGCACCACGUCUAAAUCUGUAGAUUUAGCAACAUCAUCAUUGACUCUUACUGGAUUGACACCGAACACAGAAUACACCAUAACGGUGGUAGCAAGAACAAACGCCGGUAGCGCUGCAGCAACUGAUGCAUUAGUUAUCCGAACUGCAGAAGACAAACCAACUGCUGUUAGAAAUUUGGCAGCUGCUUUUGAAACUUCAACUUAUAUGAUAACAGUAACAUGGGAAAUACCACAACCUACUAAUGGAGAUGUCACAAAAUACAAUGUGAAAUGGACUCCCGGAUCUGAGUCUGAUGGAAGUGACACAACCGUGACCACAUUUACAUUCCCAGCAAUACAGUCUCUUACUGAUUAUGUCAUUAGUGUGACGGCAUUCACAAGUGCUGGUGAAGGUCCAGUAGACCAAGUCACAGUUACCACACCAAAAUUAGUCCCUGAAGUGCCUCAAGACGUUGCAAUAAGUGAUAUCACCAGUUCAACAGUAGUCGCAGUCAUCACGCCACCAAACAAUACUCUAAUUGCUGUCACAAAUUAUACUAUAACAGUGAGUCAAGAUAUCGAUGACUGCAAUUCAUUUAAUGACGCAAGUUGUCAUGAGAACGACCAGCAAACAUUCACAGUUAGACCUGACAACAGAUACACAAUAACUGGCCUCCAAGCAUACAGAAAAUACGUCAUCUCCGUGGUCGCUGAAUCUCGCGGUGGGAAAGGUGAAUCAACCUCGAAUUUUACCUUCUCUACAGCAGUUGGACCUCCAAACACGGUUACCAAUGUAGUAACUGUAUCUGUACCGGGAGAAAUUAAUGUAGCGUUUAAUGCCGGCACCCCGAUUACUGGACCUACAUCUUAUGAAGUAGUUUUGACAGCGCCAGAUGGAACAACUUUGACUGGGACGGUUCCAGCAUCUACAUCUUCAUCAUCAUCUGUAACGAUUCCAGGAGUUCAAGACAAUACUGUUUAUACUGUUGCUAUUACUGCAAGCGUACAAGGGGGAGGGACAUCUGCUUCACCAUCAGGAACAACCGUUACAUCAACACCUGCAACUCCGUCAUUCACCGUGGCACGUGAUAGUAAUGUUCAGCUUACACUGACAAUACAAGCUGUUGAUGGAGCAACAUCUUACUUAGUUUCAUAUAUACCGGCUAAUUGUCCCAACUGCACUGCUCAGACUGCAACGUCGACUGACACAACUGUGGUUCUGAGUGAACUCACAUCAUAUACAACAUACAACAUAACUGCAUUCGCUGUAUCCGCAGCUGGAACAAGUUUAGGAACAGUUUUAUCACAGCAGACAAGGGCAGGAACUCCUACUCUCAGAGAUCCAGACUACACAACAUCUUUUACAAAUACGAGCGAUACAGAGACGUACCCUCCCUAUUAUACUGUCACAGUUAACAACGUUUGUGGAGAAAAGUCUGUUGUAUUCAAUGAAGAUACAGGUGUAAUCACAAAAAUGAUUUAUAUAGUUACUCAAAGUGGAUCAACAGUCAGCGUUGAUUUAUCAAGAUUUUGGGCAACAUCUUCCCAACAAGAUGUUUCUUCUCCUUAUGUUACUUUGACCGUUGAUUGCGAAACCAGUAAUCGAAAAAAGCGAGCUGUUGUGAACAAUGGUGUAGUUAUUGGUGCCGACAAUACUUGCCAAACGGGUACAAAUUCAGAAUGUAAUGGCCGAUUGAAACCAGAUACAUCUUACACUAUACAAGUGUGUGGUGCAAAUGAAGAAAACAAUUCAGUUUGUACUAAACCAAGUGCAGUUGUGAAAACUGAUCCUGAGCCUCCAUCACGUGGACUGACUCCAGGCGAAAUAGCUGCGAUUGUGAUUUGCUCAAUCUUAUUACUCAUUCUCAUCAUUCUUCUAAUUGUAUAUUGUAUGAAGAGAAGACGAGCUCGUACUGGAAAACAUAGAGUAUCGAGAAGUGGACAACAAAAUCCGACGUUUGAAAGUACAAAGAGUCAACAAAAAUAUCAGGUGGAUCCAGCAGCAGAGCCCCAGACACAAUACACUGAACCAGCAGUUGCGUAACAAGGAGAAGAAUGGCGGUUUGAAAGAAGCUUUAAUACUAAUCUACAAAAUUUCAGACAGAAAUUUUUUUAUAAAUUCACUCCAACAACUUUAAUAUGAAAUAUGCUAACUAUUUGCCUUCUCGUGAAAAUUAAAUUCUAGAGAAAUAUGGAAUUAUCUUAUAUAUCGUAAUGGCAGAUACUCCCAAUAUGAAUGAACCUGCCAAAAUACAUAAUAUGCUGUAACUAAGUCAAUAAUAUUGAAUAGAAAUUUAGGUAAUCCCAAAUUGAAAAAUUUACUUGCCCGUGUUUUCAAAAUGCACAUGAUAAAACGGUUCACAUCUCCCACUAUUCAAUAAUUAGACAGAAUGUUCAAACCAUUUUGCUGUUUUUUUAUUAAAAAAUAUUCAUUUUGUAGAAUAUUCCUGCAUUUAAACUACAUCUAUAUAGUAAUGCAUAGUUGUUCAAGAGUCAAAAGAUUCAAAAUUGUUUCCAUUAUUUUCGUUCUUCAAUCAACCAAUCAUAUUUUGUCUUGCUUGUAUGCAAAUUAACUAUCAGUAUUUUAUGCACAACUAAGAUUAACAAUACCUAUCUCGUGUGUCUUCAACUUAUCUACUCUAUCUUUAUACUAAUAAGUUUGAAUAACUACAAAAUAUGUGGCCAAAAUUAGUUUUUUAAUAGAAAAGUAAUGUCAAAAUUCAGCUCAAAGAUAGCUCGAAAAAUUAUAAAAAAAAAUAUGACGGCAUACUUUUGAGUUGAUAAAAAUGUGUAUAGUUUAUGAUUGGCCUAACAUAUUAAAUAUCGUUUUUUCAGUGUAACCAAACAACUUACAUUUUUUUUAAAUUCUGUUUUUUUCGGGAGGUUCAUGAUUAAAUGAAUUUGUUUGUACUAUAUAUUAUAAAUUGUAUAAUUCGAAGUGUGAUUGUGACGUCAUGAAUUGCGUCAUUGCUGAACAUAUGAAACAUGAUGGUGAAAAUUUGAAAUAUUUGGAAAAGAAAAUCGACUGAGAAACGGGCUGGAAAACUACUUUAUUCUAAUGAUAUGGGUUGUUUUCUGCCGAAUUAAUUUUUUUUAGUUUUGUACAUUUUAUUUUUAAAUUUUGCUUGCUCUCAUUUAUCCAAUAUUUUAUAUUAAUAAAUCACAUAACACUAAUCAAAAAAUGUGGAUGUUCCAAAGAAAUAUAACUUACUUUUUUUCAAAAUUAACAACAAAAUAAAUAUUAUACAUGAAUAAAA